AUGUCCGUCUCUCACUUGACCAAGCAGUUCUCUGCCCUCGACGUCAACGCCAAAAAGGCAAACCAGCCCUCUGGUCCGACAAGGCCCAUAGGCCACAUAAAGACGCCCUCCCAGUCCAGCGUAGGCAAGCUGCUCGCAAAGUAUGCCGCUCCCAAUCCUCCCGCAACGAAACCUGCUGCUCCCAAAACCGCCGGGGCAGAAUCAUCCCAGGCAGCAUCAAGACCGGGACCCAAGACAAUCGAUAUUGGCAAGUACGACGGUGGUCUCGAGCUUGAGAAUGAGAAGCGGGGGGAAAAGGUCACUGGCGAGGCUGCGGAAGAUCUCGCAUUAGACUCUAGUGUUGCAAGAAAGUCCCCCACCCGUGAAUGGAACCUCACCACCUUCGACAUCGGCCGCCCACUAGGCAAGGGCAAGUUCGGGCGCGUGUACAUGGUCCGGACAAAGUGCGAGCCGCGCUACAUUCUUGCCCUCAAGACGCUCUACAAGUCCGAAAUCGUGCAGGCCCGCGUCGAGAAGCAGAUCCGGCGCGAGAUUGAGAUUCAGCAGAACUUGCGGCACCCGCACGUUCUCCGCCUGUACGGCUACUUCCAUGACGAGAAGCGCAUCUUCCUUAUGCUCGAAUUCGCGGGCAAAGGCGAGCUCUACAAGCAGCUGUCCAAGCAUGGCUCGUUCUCGGAGAGGCGGAGCUCGCGAUACAUUGACCAGAUGGCGGACGCGCUGGCGUACCUCCACUCGAAGCAUGUUAUUCAUCGUGAUAUCAAGCCCGAGAACUUGCUCCUGGGUAUUAAUGGAGAGCUCAAGAUUGCGGACUUUGGAUGGAGUGUGCAUGCACCCGGGAACCGGCGUAUGACCCUUUGCGGUACUCUGGAUUACUUGCCGCCGGAAAUGGUGGAAGGCAAGGAGCACAAUGAACGCGUGGAUCUGUGGGCACUCGGCGUGCUCACGUACGAGUUCUUGGUCGGCAGCCCACCAUUCGAGGACCGGAGUAGUACACAAGCUACGUACCGGCGGAUCGCAAAGGUGGACCUGAAGGUGCCUUCACACGUUUCGCCGGAGGCUCGGGACUUGAUCACCAAGCUGUUGAAAUAUGAUCCUCAGCAACGUCUGCUACUGUCAGAGGUCAGGACGCACCCGUGGAUUGUCAAAUACCGGCCCAAGGACGUGUCGCGGGGUUCCGGGUAA